CGUACAGCACCGACUAAGGAAGUGCACACCGGCGCUCUCUUGUCAUUGCUGCAGUAGAGUUUUGGAUGAGUGAUAUUCAACAGAUAGUUUACUCAUUUUCUACCUGGCUUAUGUUGAGAUUCGCCCUUCUGCCAUGGAAAAUGCACGUACGGGCACGUUUUUGAUAACUGGGGGAUGUGGCUAUUUUGGGUUUCGCCUGGCUUGCUCCCUGCAUAAGAAAGGAGCCAAAGUCAUUCUGUUUGACACAGUCCCUCCAAUCCAAGACACGCCAGAGGACAUUGUGUUUGUGCAAGGUGAUAUACGUGACUACGCACAAGUUGAGAGGGCCAUAAGUGACGUGGAUUGCGUAUUCCACAUCGCCUCCUAUGGCAUGUCUGGCAGGGAGCAGCUGAACCGUCAUCUGAUUGAGGCGGUGAAUGUUGAAGGCACACACAACAUCCUGAAGGCUUGUGUUGAGCAUGGAGUGCCCAGGCUGGUUUACACCAGCACUUUCAACGUGGUAUUCGGAGGCCAAGUGAUAGAGAAUGGCGAUGAAAGCCUGCCUUAUCUACCUCUCCAUCUUCACCCUGAUCACUACUCCAGAACAAAGUCCCUGGCUGAGAUGGCUGUGCUAAAAGCUAACGGCACAGCUCUGAAGGAAAGCUCCGGGGUGCUGAGAACCUGUGCACUGCGUCCAGCAGGAAUCUACGGGCCUGGAGAGCAGAGGCACCUACCCAGGAUAGUUGGAUACAUUGAGAAGGGGAUCUUCAGGUUUGUUUAUGGUAAACCCAGCAGCCUGGUGGAGUUUGUCCAUGUGGACAACCUGGUGUUAUCACACGAGCUGGCUGCAGAGGCGCUGACAUUAGAGAAGCAGCACCGCUCUGCUGGUCAGGCCUACUUUAUCUCCGACGGCAGGCCUGUCAAUAAUUUUGAAUUCUUCAGACCUCUGGUAGAAGGCUUGGGCUAUCCUUUCCCCAAACUACGUCUACCGAUCUCUCUUAUUUACUUUUUUGCCUUUCUCACAGAAAUGAUUCACCACCUCAUUGGCCCCUUCUAUAACUUCCAGCCACUGCUGACACGUACAGAGGUGUAUAAAACUGGCGUGACACAUUACUUCAGUAUGGCAAAAGCAAAAGCGGAGCUUGGAUAUGAACCGCAGGAGCGCAACCUAGAUGAGGUUGUGCAAUGGUUCAGAUGCAGAGGCCAUGGGAAAAAAUCUGGAAGCCCCUACCUCGGUCAAUUACUGCUACAAGUCCUGUUUUUUGCUGGGUUUGUUGCUGUGGCCUUGUCUUUUCUUCCCGUCGUUGGGAGUUGAUGAGAAGCCAAAGCAAAAACAUCAUUCUGACAUUUUUCAAAAAUAAACUGUAUCAAAACUGGUCCAUAAAUAGGUUGUUUACAUGUAUUAAUAUGUAAAGAUCCAUGUCCACAUUUUAUUUCAAAGUGGUCAUUACUUAAAGGUGCUUCAGACACGAGAAGAUGUCUAAGUCAGUGAAAGCAAAAAGUUCCUCAGAAUUAACAUGUUUAACCGAGGACCUCCUCUUAUGAUACUGUGAUUUACAUUGUGUGUGAAAAUAAUUGUAUAACCUUUGUACCUUAAUUUCUUACUUCAACAUUCAAUAGAUGUCAAUUUUAGAAACUGUAUGUCAAAUGCUACCUCUUUUUUAACAGUUUGUUUGUGAAAGAAAGGGCAAAGAUUGAUAAUUACUUACUACAUGCCAAUGUUUUAAUAUGUUUUGAGGGAGUGUAUUACAAGAAAAAAAAUAAAAUGCUCUAAAAACUGUAAUGAAUAAA